AUGGACUGGCUAAUGAAAAAAAAGGAAGAGGCCAAGCAUGCGGCGGCCAAGAUUUCUAACAAACGCACAGCUUUUCGAGGAGAGGGAAAUGUAUUGGGUGGUCAUAACGUUUCUGAAGAUAAUUCGUCUGUAUUACCUUUGAAUAACACGUCCCGUAGCUUACCCAUCAAGUUGCCAUUUACGAGCAAUAAACCCCCUGAUUUAUCGGAAGAAGAACAGAAGAAACGACGUGAGAUACAGGCAAAAGCUCUGGAGCAGCGCAGUAAUGCGUGGGAUAAGCGCGUGGCUACUGCACGAAAAGCGAGGAUAAAGCAGGAGGAAGAAGAUGAGAACAAAUAUCAGUACACGGAACCAGUCACUACGAAGUCUAGCUCUCUUCCGCCGCCCGUGGUACUCACUGACGAAGAAGUUAAGGCCAGAGAGCUGCAGAACGCUCAGCUGCAAAUGGGAUUUAAUCCGUACGAAGCGACCUUUGCAUCCUCGGUACAGGCGGUCUCUGCAAUGAAUGCUAUUGGCGGUGAAGCGAUUGCUCUGUCUUCGGCAAGUGGCGGUGCCGUCCACUCAUCUCUUUUACCCGAUGGUGAAAUUCCUCAUGUUGCAGGGUACGAGAAUGGUUCAACGAGCUUAGACGCUGGUGAGAAUACUGCGAUAUACGUGCUGCUUCGACAAGAUCCUUCGCUUGCUAUGACAGCGGCGAAAACUCUGAUCAAGAUGUUGACCAACGUUAUCAAGAAUCCACAGGAUGAAAAGUUUCGGAAGAUUCGGCUUGCGAACGCAUCUAUUCAGUCAAAGCUUGUGGCUGUACCUGGCGCCAUUGACAUUUUUGCAGAAACUGGGUUUUCAAGGGUUAGCUUGAAUGGCGAUGCCUAUUUAAUGUUGGCUACUGAUGUUUUCGAGGCGGAGCGUGUGCAGUCCGCGAUUGACCGCUUAGAAGUAGCGCUCGCUCAGCUCCAGCAUGAUUUUGCGUAG